AGCACUACAGAGGGGUUUGGACAAGGAUAUACUGGGUCAAUGUAAGAUUGAGAAUAGCGUGUGAAGAUCCCUCUUGGGAAAAGAAAAACCAGAAGCCAGCGUUUUAAAGCCCUGGGAGAUGGCUAAAGGAUUGGAUACAAACAAUCGCUUUCCCAGCAUGGAGAAGAUGGAGAGAAUUCACCCAAACAGGCAAGUCAUGGCUUUUAUAUUUAUGCUGGUUUGGGUUCAGGUUUGGAGUGAGCCAACAAUUCGAUACUCUAUCAUGGAGGAAACAGAAAGCGGCUCCUUUGUAGCCCAUCUGGCCAAGGACCUGGGUCUGAGAUCUGGGGACCUGGCAGCCAGGUCUGCACGGGUGGUGUCUGAUGAUUACAAGCAGCGAUUGCUGCUGGAUCCCGAGACUGGAGAUUUGCUUCUGAGGGAGAAACUAGACCGGGAAGAGCUCUGUGCCUCUGUGGACCCCUGUGUGCUCCAUUUCCAGGUGUCUCUUGAAAAGCCAGUGCAGUUUUUUCAAGGAGAAUUACUGAUCCAGGACAUAAAUGAUCACUCACCAGAAUUCCCAGAUAGGGAAAUGCUCUUGAAAAUACCAGAAAACAGCCAGCCAGGCACUCUGUUCCCACUGAAUUUAGCCCAGGACUUGGAUGUGGGCAGCAAUGGGCUUCAACAAUACACAGUCAACCCCAACUCUCAUUUUCAUGUCCUCACUCGAAAUAAUAGUGAAGGCAAGAAAUACCCAGAAUUGGUGCAGGACAGAGCCCUGGACAGAGAGGAGCAGGCAGAGCUGAGCUUGACCCUCACAGCUCUGGAUGGGGGCUCUCCACCUAGAUCAGGAACAGCCAUGGUUCGAAUCCUGAUCCUGGACAUCAAUGAUAAUGCCCCCGAAUUUGUGAAGACCCCCUAUGAGGUGCAGGUCCUGGAGAGCAGUCCCCCAGACUCCCUGGUCCUGACUGUCCUAGCACAGGAUGCAGAUACUGGCAACUUUGGGAGAGUUUCCUAUGGCUUGUUCCAAGCAUCAGAUGAAAUUCAACAGACUUUCUCAAUAAACGAAAUCACAGGAGAAAUACGACUGAAAAGGGGAUUGGAUUUUGAAAAAAUUAAAUCUUACCAUGUGAAAAUCGAGGCCACAGACGGAGGAGGCCUUUCUGGGAAGGGCGCUGUGGUGAUAGAGGUGCUGGAUGUGAAUGACAACGCCCCUAAACUCACCAUAUCUUCGCUCACUAGUUCCAUCCCAGAAAAUGCUCCUGAGGUUGUAGUUGCUGUUUUCCUUGUUUCUGACCCAGAUUCUGGGGACAAUGGAAGGAUGGUGUGUUCUAUUCAGAACGAUCUCCCAUUUCUCUUAAAACCCACUUUCAAGAACUAUUACACUUUAGUGACAGAGGGGCCUCUGGACAGAGAGAGCAGAGCUGAGUACAACAUCACCAUCACAGUCAGCGACAUGGGCACACCCAGGCUCACAACCCAGCACACCAUAAGGGUGCAGGUAUCUGACGUCAACGACAACGCCCCCGCCUUCACACAAAGCUCCUACACCCUGUUUGUCCAAGAGAACAACAGCCCCGCCCUGCACAUAGGCACCAUCAGUGCCACAGACUCAGACUCAGGCUCCCAUGCCCACAUCACCUACUCGCUGCUGCCCACCCACGACCCACAGCUGCCCCUCUCCUCGCUCAUCUCCAUCAACGCCGACAACGGGCAGCUGUUCGCGCUCAGGGCGCUGGACUACGAGGCCCUGCAGACCUUCGAGUUCCACGUGGGCGCCACAGACCAAGGCUCGCCCGCGCUCAGUAGCCAGGCGCUGGUGCGCGUGCAGGUGCUGGACGCCAACGACAAUGCGCCCUUCGUGCUCUACCCGCUGCAGAACGCCUCUGCGCCCUUCACAGAGCUGCUGCCCAGGGCGGCGGAGCCAGGAUACCUGGUCACCAAGGUGGUGGCUGUGGAUCACGACUCUGGUCAGAAUGCCUGGCUGUCAUUCCAGCUGCUCAAGGCUACAGAGCCAGGAUUGUUCAGCGUGUGGGCUCACAAUGGCGAGGUGCGCACCUCCAGGCUGCUGAGUGAGCGCGAUGCUCCCAAGCACAGGCUGCUUCUGCUGGUCAAGGACAAUGGCGAUCCUCCGCGGUCUGCCAGUGUCACUUUGCAAGUGCUGGUGGUUGAUGGCUUCUCCCAGCCCUACCUGCCUCUGCCAGAGGUGGCUCGCGGCCCCGCACAGGAUAAUAACGACUUACUCACACUCUAUUUGGUCAUUGCCUUGGCAUCUGUGUCUUCGCUCUUCCUCUUGUUGGUGCUGCUGUUUGUGGGGGUGAGGCUGUGCAGGAGGGCCAGGGCGACCUCGCUGAGUGGCUGCUCUGUGCCUGAGGGACACUUUCCUGGACACAUGGUUGAUGUCAGCGGCAUGGGGACCCUGUCCCAGGAUUAUCAAUAUGAGGUAUGUCUGGCUGGAGACUCUGGGACCACAGAUUUCAAAUUCUUCAACCCCAUUAUUCCCAAUGGUCUGUUUCAGAACCCCUAGCUCACGUUCAGUAUCCGAGAGACCUAGGGUUCUAUAACCGAAUCAGAAUUUGUUGCUUGGCUGUUGAUAUUUUCUUUUGCGUUCAGUAAUCUUUGAGACAAUAUGUUUCUAUGUUGAUUUUAUUCCUUCUUUUAAACGGAAUAUUUUUUUCUUUUGUGAGCCUUUAUGCAUUGUUUUCCUUCACUAACUUGGGAGGGGAUAUAUGACUCUCUUGUGUUUCUCUCAUCAUUUCAGAUAGUUUUCUUAGGAACUCAUUUCCUCCUCUUCAUUGUAGCCAGCAUGGAUUUCUGCGACACCCAUUUCAAAGGGUGUCUUGUUGAUGCUGUGCGUAUAAUGUGCUGUAUUUCGUUCAUUUUGACUUUCACUUCACUCCAGCUUGGUAAAUUUUCAGUGUUCAGCACCCAUUGUGACAUUUUCAGAGGUGCACACACCACACCUUGAUACCAUUCACUUAUCACAUUCUUUAAUCCUCUGUUUUCCUCCCCAUGACAAUCUUAAGUGCCCCAUUUUGGUUUCACGUACUUCUUGUCUUUUAGAGGGUGACCACUUAGCUUAAAAGAUCUGUAGCUCCAUGUCUUUCAAAAUGACAUUUUCGUUCUUGAUGCCUGAACAAAGUAACUCCAUCGUGCAUGUAUGUGUUUCCCUCACCCAUACUUCUGCACACACAGCGUUGUGUACAGCCAGUGAAGGGCGAGCAUGAGAUAAUGUCACCUGUCAUAGUUUUCCAUGCUUCGUACAUAGAUGAAAGGAGUGUGUUGUUCAAUUUGCCAUCUUUACUGACAAUCACAGUUACUAUUUCAAGACUUUAUUUGCUUAAAUACAAGCCAAAAUGGCUUCUAAAAUGUACCAAAUAACGUUGCUUGACCUAAGCCAUUGCUAGUGGCUGAGUGUGCUUUCACCUUGUAUGAGAAGACAUUUAGUGAGCCAUGGUGCUUGGAUGAUGAGCUGAUUUGUAAAUGCUGUAUAAACAUGAGUGCCCAUUAAACUUUCCACAAACUA